AUCUCAACCAAACUCUUUAUACCCGGGGGUUAACGUAUCAAUCAAUGAGAAACUAUUGGAAAACGUUUUAUCAUCUGAAGAACUUUCUCAACGUUUUCCAUUCGGCAAAUUCGAAUUCACAAUAAAAGUACUAAAACAACCUUCGAGUUUAGACGGUAAUGACGAAUCUCAGAACACGCCCGAUUUAUUUGAUUCGGUUGCCGAUGUCAAUAACGAAGCGUUCGAAGGUGCAUUCCCCGUAUCGAUUCCCUUGGAAUAUUUUCGAAAUUCUUUGGAGGGAAUUGGAAAAUUAUCGGAACUUUUAGAAUCACCCUCAAACAAUACAUCAAAAACGCAUAUCGAUCCUAACGCUAACGUUAAUGAUUUGUCAGGAGAACGCAAACCCAUUAGUUGUAAUGGAAAUUAUUGUUAUGUUGGAUUAUCAAG